AUGGAGCGGCGUCGUUUAAUCUGCUCAGUGACCUUCCACGUUCUCGCCCUUGUGACUGUGAUCUGGUCUCUCUUCGUUCUGAUUGAGCGCGUCAUCGCUGAGGUGCAAGAACAGAACAUGGGCUGGGCCUUCUGGACUAAACUCCUGGUCAUUGCAAUAGGCAUUGGCGGUGGCCUCAUCUACACCUACGUCCAAUGGCGUCUCUACGUUGACCUUCUGAUCAGGUGGCGAGACCACAACCGCGUGCUACUUGUCCAGGUGCCACCGAAGGAGGCAUUGAAGGCAGAACGCAAUAACCGAGUCUCCGUUGGCCGACUGCCUGACCACGGCGAUCAGACUGCCUCUGGGCAAAGGCAACAGCAGAGCCAGCCGGAGACAGGUCGGUCGCAAGCAAAUGUUUCCGAAACACCGCAGGAAGGAGCAUCGGACGCUCCGCAGACGGGUCUUUCUGUGCCUCUGCAGGCCACCAACCGAUCCGACAGUAGGCCACAAAUUUACACCAUAUUCCCAGUCCCCCCAAGUCCACGACCAGCCCCACCGCCAUCCUAG